CUGGGAUUACAAGCGUGAGCCACUGCGCCCGGCCUGUGAACUAGCACUUCUGAAGAUCCCAAGAUGUCAGCCCUGCCCCAGGAAUCGACUGAACAUUUGCCUCCAUUCCUGGACAUGGAUUCAGCUGGAGAGCUGCCUCUGGGGCCCGAGCAGUUCUUGGCUGCACAGCAGGAUUUAAAUGACAAGCUGACUCCGCAAGAAAGGCUCCCAGAGGUGCUUCCACUGCUGGAUGGGGAUCAGAACCAGGCCACAGUUCAGCUUCCUCGCCUCAAAAAUAAGGUUCAAACUGCAGAUCUAGAUCGGGCUGCAGGUCAUCAGGCAGAUGAUAUACUUGUUCCACUACACAGUAAGGUUUCAAAACCAACCAAAUUUGUUGUUUCGCCCAAGAACCUGAAGAAAAAUCUAGCUGAGCAUUGGAGCCUUGCUGAGAUUAUUGGGAUUCCACACCAAUUAUCCAAACCUCAGCGUCAGAAACAGACUUUGCAGGAUGAAUAUUUGAGUAUGGACACACUGUAUCCCAGCAGCCUGCCUCCAGAACUCCGGGUGAACGCAGAUGAGCCUCCAGGGCCACCUGAGCAAGUUGGACUUUCUCAAUUCCAUCUAGAGCCCGAAACUCAAAAUGCAGAGACCCUGGAAGACAUUCAGUCCUCUUCACUCCAGGAAGAAGCCUCAGCACAGCUUCCACAGCUCCCUCAGGAGGUAGAACCUUCAACCCAGCAGGAGUCCCCAGCUCUGCCUCCAGAGUCCUCUAUAGAGAGUCUAGCUCAAACUCCACUGAAUCAUGAAGUGACAGUUCAACCUCCAGGUGAGGAUCAAGCUCAUUACAACUUGCCCAACAUUACCAUUAAACCUACCAUGACUUCAGAGCCCCAAAAUGAGGCAGAAUCUGCCCAAGCCCAGAAGGAGGCCAAAAUUCAGGCUCCAGAGGAGGUGGAACCUUCUGCAACCCAACAGGAGGCCCCAACUGAGCCACCAGGUCCUCCCAUGGAGGCUGAACUUUCCCCCAGUGAGCAGGAGCAGCCAGCUCAGCCUUCUGAGUCUUCUGGGGAGGUUGAAUCUUCUCCAGCCCAGCGGGAGGCCCCAGCUCAGCCCUUAAUGUCCCCUGAGCAGUUUCAACGUUUGAAAGACCAGCAAGACAUAAUUCAGCAGCUAAGUAGACCUGAAAAUUAUGAACUUCCUCCAGUCCGUAAAGAGACCACAACUCAGCCUCCAUCUCAGCUCUCCCCAGACUUUGGAAGUUCACUGAAUGAUGAAGCAAUAGGUUCACCUCUAGAUGUGUCAUAUCUAGAUCUAGAUAGGGAGCUUACCAAACCUACAGCAGUCACUAUGGGGGUAGAACCUUCUCCAGCCCAGCAGGACAACCCUCCUAUUCUCGUUGAACAGGCUGACUUUUCUCUAGCCCAGCCUGAUCUCCCUUCCCUGCCUCUGCAUUCUCCUGAAAAGAUUGAAUCUCCAGUCCACCAAGAGGCCACAGCUCAGACUCUAGAUCCCCCUAAGGAGGCAGAACCUUCUCCAGUCCAGCAAGGGCUCCCAGCUGAGCCACCAGAGCCCCAUAAGGAGGUUGAACCAUCUGCAACCCAGCAGGAAGCCUUGGGUCAUCCUCGCAAGUCCACUGUAGAGGUCAGUCCACCACAGUGGGAGAUAGCAGCUCAGCCAUCAGAGCCACCUGAGAAGGUCAAACCAUCUCCAGCCCUACAGCAGGCCCCAACUCGGCUUUUAAAGCCACCUAAAGAGGUAGAAUCCUCUCCAGUCCAGCAGGCAGUCCCUGCUCAGUCUUCAGACCCUGCUAUGGUGACAGAACCCUCUCUGACCCAGCAGAUGGCCCCAUCUUUGCCUCCAGAGUUCCCUCAGGAGGUAGAACCAUCUGUAACUCAGCAGGAGGUUCCAGCUCAGAUUCCAGAGCCCCCUAUGGAGGCAGAACCUUCUCUGACCAAGCAGGAGGCCACAGUUCAGGCUCCAGAGUCCCCUAAGGAGGUAGAACCUUCAAGGCAGCAAAUGGUCCCAGUUCAGCUUCCAGAGCCACCUAAGGAAGUUGCUGCUCAACCUCCAGCUCAUUAUGAGGUGACAGUCCCAACACCAGGCCAGGAUCCAGCUCAGCACUCAACAUUGCCCAGUGUCACUGUUCAACCUUUGGGCCUGGGACUUUUCAUCAUUCCAGAAUCCAUGAUAGAGGUUGAACUUUCUCCAACCAUGCAGGAGACCCCAACUCAGCCUCCUAAGAAAGUUCUACCCCAACUUGAGGUUAAACCAUCUCCAACCACGGAGGAAACCUCAGCUCAGCCUCCAGACCCGGGGCUUGCCAUAACUCCAGAACCCACUCCAGAGAUUGGACAUUCCACAGUCCUGGAGGAGAAUACAGCUCCUCGUCCAGACCAGGUUCAGACUCUGCAUCGAAGCCUGACGGAGGUCACAGGUCCACCUACAAAGUUAGAAUCUUCGCAGGAUUCAUUGGUGCAGUCUGAAACUGCACUAGAGGAACAGAAGGCCUCCACAAGCACCAACAUGUGUGAGCUCUGUACCUGCGGAGAUGAGACUCUGUCAUGUGUUGAUCUCAGCCCAAAGCAGAGGCUCUACCAAGUGCCUGUGCCAGAGCCCAACACCUACAAUGGCAUCUUGACCACCUUAAAUUUCCAAGGAAACUAUAUUUCAUACAUUGAUGGAAAUGUAUGGAAAGCAUACAGUUGGACCAAGAAACUAAUUCUCAGUGAAAAUUAUUUGACUGAAUUACAUAACGAUUCAUUUGAAGGCCUGCUAUACCUCCAGUAUUUAGAUUUAUCCUGCAAUACAAUACAACAUAUUGAAAGACGUACAUUUGAAUCACUACCAUUUUUGCAGUAUAUAGAUCUGGGCUGCAAUUUAAUUACGGAACUGAGGCAUGGAGCAUUUCAGGCCUGGCACGGAAUGCAGUUUUUACACAACUUAAUUCUCAAUCGCAAUCCUCUGACUGCUGUCGAAGAUCCAUAUCUCUUUGAACUGCCGGCAUUAAAAUAUCUAGACAUGGGAACAACGCACAUCACACUUACAACACUCAAGAACAUUCUCACGAUGACUGUUGAACUGGAAAAACUGAUCUUACCUAGCCAUAUGGCCUGCUGCCUCUGCCAAUUUAAAAAUAGCAUUGAGGCUGUCUGCAAGACAGUCAAGCUGCAUUGCAACCCUGCAUGUCUGACUAACACCGUACAUUGUCCUGAAGAAGCAUCUGUAGGGAAUCCAGAAGGAGCGUUCAUGAAGGUGUUACUAGCCCGGAAGCAGCACACAAGCACUGAGCUGACUAUUGAGUCGGAGGCGCCCUCAGACAGCAGCGGCAUCAAGUUGUCAGGCUUUGGGAGUGAGCAGCAAGACAUCAAUGACGAGAGUGAGUGCAACAUCUUCCCUUAUUUCUCAGAAGGAAAUCUAGAUGCAGAAUCCAUAUUGUUACCAUUCGCUAAACUGCUUUUUUCAAAUGUACAAGGUGGGGAUAGGCUCCUGAGUAGUUUGAAAAACAGUAGAAAGAGCCCCUCACAGUCCAACCUUCUAGGUAACAAAUUUAAACAUCAAAUAUUUCCAAAUAAACUAGAAACUGUUGAACCACAGGAAAACAGCCUGGCAAAGAUUCACAGUGUAGGCAAAAACCUGCAGAGAGUGAACAGAGUCCUCACAGGCCCGAGGAGCAUCCAGAAAAGACACUUCAAAGAGGUGGGAAAGCACAGCACUAGGAAAGAACAGGAUGCCCAGGCAUUUGUGGACAAUGCUGCCAAAGAAAAAAGGCUUGAGAGUCCAGCCCCAAGGGAGCUGGAACAGCCUCACGUAGUGCAGGGGCCUGAGAAGGUAGCGGGAAACACCAUCUACACCAAGCCUUUGUUCACCCAGGAGCAUAAGGCAGCAGUCUCCUCUAUGCUGAAACCCUUCUCCAUGGGCGUGCCUUCUGCCUCUAGCCCUGCAAAAGCCCUACCUCAGGUCAGAGACAGAUCGAAAGACUUAGCCUACAGCAUUUUAAUGUUAGAAAUUGCAAUGGCUAGGGUUAAAAACAUGGAGGCUGCUAAACCAAUCGCACAUUCCAGAAAAAAAUACCGCUUUUAUAAAACUCGCUCCCGUGUGGCCCACAGAACACCCAAGGCCAAAAAGAUUAGAAAGUUUAGAAAGGGCAGUUAUCUCAAUAGACUGAUGCUCGCAAAGAGGCCGCCGUUCUCUGCAGAGAAGAGCCUCAUAAAUUCACAAGGGGUUUUUUCAUCCUUAGGAGACCUGAGUCCUCAAGAAAACCCUCUUCUGGAAGUAUUUGCUCCUUCAGAACGUUUUAGAGAAAACAGUCACGUAGAAGACACAGCUGCAAGAGAUGCCUCUGAAGAAAACGUUUUUAUGGAAAACACUGUUAUGCCAGAAGGUAGCAUCUCUGAAAACACAAACUACAAUCAUCCUGAGGCAGCUUCCGCUGGGACUGCAUUCAACUUAGAGCCAACUGUUACACACACUGAGACAAAAUGGGAACACAACAACGUGGGCACUGACCUGUCCCCCGAGCCCGAAAGCUUCAAUGACCCAUUGCUCUCCUCCCCAGGUGAUCAGUUUGAAAUUCAGCUAACCCAGCAGCUACGGUCCCUCAUCCCCAACGAGGAUGUCAGAAGGUUCAUGUCUCAUGUUAUCCGGAUCCUGAAAAUGGAAUGUUCAGAAACAUAUGUGCAAAUGUCCUGUGCCAAGCUCGUGUCACGAACAGGCCUCCUGAUGAAGCUUCUCAGCAAGCAGCAGGAAGCAAAGGCAUCCAAGGCAGAAUGGGAUAUGGACCAAUGGAAAACUGAUAACCAUAUUAAUGAGAGUGAACAGAAAGAGCAGAAGUCGAGUGAGCUCAUGAAAGAAGUUCCACGAUACGGCCAUAACAACAACGUCAUCUUGACAAUAUUUGUGACUGUAACACUAACACUUUGGAUUAUAAUGAUUUGUCUGAUUGAGAUUCUUGCCCACAAAAGGGCAUCAAAGGAACAUGAAGAAGACUCAUCAAUGUGAGACCCCUGAGCCCAAGUUAAGGCAUCUGGAUGGCCUGGAGCCACGUUUUUAAAAUUUUAUUAUUAAGUAUUUUUUUUUUACUGAAAUCAAUGAUUACUUUGUGGUUGUGUUCCUCAAAACGAGGAUUUUUAACAAUAAAAAUAGCUUGUCAAAUCA